AUGGCGAGUUGUCCUGUUGGGGACCUGUCCAAGGAGCAGCAGGAUGAGCUCGCCUGCACGUACGCCGCGCUGAUCCUGCACGACGACGGUGCCGAGGUCGAUGCCGCCAGCAUGGCAAACCUCGUGAAGGCUGCUGGCGUUCAGGUGGAGGGCUACGUCCCCAUGCUCAUGGCGAAGAUGAUCAAGACGUACGGCAUGGAUGCCCUCGUCAAGAUGGGCGGCGGUGGGGGUGGCGGCGGCGGUGGCGGUGGUGGCGGCGGCGGUGGAGGCGGCGGAGGCGGCGGAGGAGAAGGCGGCGGCGCGGCCGCGGCGGAGGAGAAGAAGGUCGUGGAGGAAGAAGAGGAGGAGGACGUGGACUUCGACCUGUUCGGAUGA